UGUCGGUUGCCCCCAGGCCGGGCUCCAGAGCGCGGCGGCCGCUUGGCCUGGCCCGCGUGCCCUGAUCGGGCUUCGCUGCGCACAAGCAGGUCGGGCCCGGGCAUGCUGGGAACCUCUACGGUAACCACCACCGCCAUCACCGCCGCCUCCACCUCAGCCUCCGCCACCCGCGAGACGAGUCUCUGAGGCGCGGAGAUGAAAUUCCCGUUCUCGGUGUUAGCGUCCCUGUUCCUGUUCGUGGCCGAGACGACGGCGGCGCUCUACUUGAGCAGCACCUACCGCUCGGGCGGGGACCGCAUGUGGCAGGCGCUGACGCUGUUCUUCUCCCUGAUGCCCUGUGCUCUGGUGCAGUUAACGCUCCUGUUCAUCCACCGCGACCUCAGCCGCGAUCGCCCGCUGGUGCUGCUGAUGCACCUGCUCCAGCUUGGGCCCUUGUACAGGUGUUUUGAAGUGUUUUGCCUCUACUGUCAAUCCAGCCAAAAUGAAGAACCUUAUGUGAGCAUCACUAAGAAACGACAGAUGCCAAAAGAUGGCCUCUCAGAGGAGAUCGAGAAGGAGGUGGGUCAGGCAGAAGGCAAGCUGUUUACCCACCGUUCUGCAUUCAGCCGGGCAUCAGUGAUCCAGGCUUUCCUCGGUUCUGCCCCACAACUGACCCUCCAGCUGUAUAUCACCAUCUUGCAGCAGAGCAUCAGCACUGGAAGAUGCGUCAUCAUGACCUUGUCCCUGUUGUCCAUUGUGUAUGGAGCCUUACGUUGCAACAUCUUAGCCAUCAAAAUCAAGUAUGAUGAGUAUGAGGUCAAAGUCAAGCCCCUGGCCUAUAUCUGUAUCUUCCUCUGGAGAAGCUUUGAGAUCGCCACACGGGUCAUCGUCCUGGUCCUCUUUACCUCUGUCCUGAAAAUCUGGGUGUUGGUAAUCAUACUUGUCAACUUCUUCAGCUUCUUCUUCUACCCCUGGAUCCUUUUCUGGUGCAGCGGCUCCCCAUUCCCUGAGAACAUAGAGAAGGCCCUAAGUAGGGUGGGUACCACCAUCGUGCUCUGUUUCCUCACUUUCCUCUAUGCUGGCAUCAACAUGUUCUGCUGGUCAGCUGUACAGCUGGAAAUUGACAAUCCUGACCUCAUCAGCAAGUCUCAGAAUUGGUACCGGCUGCUGAUCUACUACAUGGUGCGAUUCAUCGAGAAUGCUGUCCUCCUGCUCCUGUGGUAUUUUUUCAAAACUGACAUAUACAUGUAUGUGUGUGCGCCUUUGUUGAUUCUGCAGCUGCUCAUUGCAUACUGCACCGGCAUUCUUUUCAUGCUUGUGUUCUAUCAGUUCUUCCAUCCUUGCAAAAGGCUCUUCUCUUCCAGCGUUUCUGAAAGCUUUAUGUCAUGUCUCAGGUGUGUCUGCUUGUCCUGCUUAAGGGGAAAGCCCACCAAGACAGUAACAAAGACAGAUACAGACUUUAAGUCAAGCACAGAGCAAGAUGUAACACCUUCUACCAGUAAAAUGAGUCCUGAGCCCACUGAGAUGUGGAGUGCUGUUGAUCUGUGCUCUGCUUAAUGGAACCUGAGGCUUCUUACAAGGCGGGGAUAUUGUGUUCUGGGUUAAUAACUAUUCUUCAGGCAAGUGAUGAGCCCUGCACAGGGAUAAGGCAGGAAGUUAUCUGUCAACUCCCUGUGCGCUGCUGCUGUUUAUAAAACUCUUGGAUUUGAAGCAGCUUUGGGAGCACUUAGUGAAACCUACUGACCUUGCUGGUCUUUUCAUUGAUUGACACAAUAUCCCUGAAAUUCCAGUUGAGCUGGUCAUCCUCAUCAAGUAUAAUGAAGAAAAAUGCUUGUUCUCUAGUUUCCUAGACUGUUGUCUCAGUAGCCCGAUGCUUUGCGACUACUGAAUAUAGCUUUAUACAGAAGUCACCAUGAUAGCCACAAUAGGCUACUAGGGAUUUUACAGCUUCAUUUCAGUCAUAGCUUUCAGGGAGAGCUGUUUAGUCUGUUUUAUUAGUUUGUUCCAUUUUUCACCUCAUUAAGACUUUUUGUACAUAACCAACUGUAGUCUCUCUGGCAUGUAAUCUGCAAUUGGUUUCAAAGGCCUGGAUUUGGGGACUUUAUUCCCUAGGAUCUAUUGGUACAGUUAUUUAAGAAAGCUAUGUUUCAUUCUACAUAUUGAAGACAUUAGGGGCUAGGAUGGACUGGGAUAAUUGUUUGAACAUCAAAAUGAUGGAAGCUUAUACAAAUAACAGUAUCCUAUAGUUCUGGGAAAAUUCUCGUAGAAUAUUCUCAGACUAAUCUUUUAAGAAAGAAUUAAUAUUCUUCAUUUCUAUCCCCUGCUUCCUUGCCUGUCAGGAAAGUUUUCAGCAAGACUCACAUCAGUUUAUGUGCUGUUGUUUCCAGAAAGCCCUAGAGAAAGCUCUUCGCCAAUGCAAGUGUAUAGGAUGCUUUAGUUUUCAUUUUUUAAGAAAAAUAAGUGCUUUCCUCAUUACCACUCCCUAGUUAGGAAGUUUGACUUCUGAAACCUUUUAAGUUAUAGAAAAUAAUGAAAUGAUCAGAAGGUUUUGUUCUUCAUGAAAUGUAUUUUGACUUGACAUAAUUAUAAAUUAACUUUCAUAAGAUUUUCAGUGUUGUCCUCAACACCAUUUCAUCUUCUGUAUAAUUUCUCUUUAAUCUGGAACUAUUUAUUUUCAUUUAAAGGGGUUAGGUAGAAUUUUGUCAAUAGUCUGACAAAAAUGCCUAUAUCAGUGCUAUUAUUUCUACAACUAAAAUUUGGAUAAUGAAAUGUCUAGAAGCAGGUGAC